AUGGCGGUUUUUCAGUCGCCAAGGUUGUUCCCGGAGAUUCCUCUCCGUUUUGCUCCUAUACCACUGAAUUUUACAUAUCGUAGGAGAGUUUCCAUAUUCCGACCAUUGUCAGCGAUCGGCGAUUCUCGGUCCGGUGAACCAGAUUCAGAAUCCCGGAACAGUGUGUUCAUUCUCGGGACGGGUUUCGUCGGAGGUUUUUUCGCGCAACAACUCAAAGACGCAAACUGGAGUGAUUCGAAGAAGAAAGAAUGGGAAAAGAGAGGAAUUGAUCUUCAUCUCUUUUCUGCAGAUUCACCUGAAUGGAGCUUGCUAGAUACAGUGAAAGAUUACACUCACCUACUCGUUUCGAUUCCACCUUUAGCAGACAUUGGUGAUCCGAUGUUGCGGAAUGUAGAACUUGUUAGGGACAAGCUUUCGAGUGGGAAUCUUCGAUGGCUUUGUUAUCUCUCAUCGACAAGUGUGUAUGGAGAUUAUGGUGGUGCAUGGGUCAAUGAGGAUGAUCCGCCAAAUCCUAAAACUCAAACGGCCAAACUGAGGUUAGCUGCAGAGGAAGGAUGGUUAAGCUUGGGUCGUGAUCUUGGGGUCUCUACUCAAAUCCUUCGACUUGGAGGUAUCUAUGGACCUGGUCGAAGUGCGAUUGAUACCUUGAUUAAGCGGGAGCGUUUGUCUGAAGAUCAAAAGAGAAGGGCGUCUCGGAAAUUCACGUCGAGAGUCCAUGUCGAAGAUAUAUGCCAAGCUCUUCAAGCUGCCAUUGAAAAGCCAUCAUCAAGGGAGAUCUACAACAUUGUAGAUGAUGAUCCAGCACCAAGAGAAGAAGUGUUUGAAUAUGCCAUGGAGUUGAUUGAAAAACGUUGGCCAGGAACUGUCAAGACAAAACCAUUUCUGUAUGAAUCUCGGGAGGAGAGUUCAUUGAGAGGCGAGAAACGAGUCCGUAACAAACACAUGAAGGAUAAACUAGGAGUGAAAUUGCUACAUCCUUCGUAUAAGUCGGGACUGCAAAGCAUCGUCGAGAAGAUGGACAACCCUUUUUUAGCACAGGACAUGAAAAAAUAG